AUGGCUUCCCAAUCGCUGCAAUUCUUACCGGCGGACCUGAUGGAGUCCCAAAUAUCCGUCGUUGAUCUCCUAGUGGCCAUGUUUCCAUCUCCAGGAGAACUCGAUAUUUCGGACUCCACCGCAGAAGAUGUCGAAAGGGUUCGGGCGUGGUGUGUAGACCCAACCCCAAUGGCGAAGAUUCCCGCCAAUCUAUUUUUGACGGUUUCACUCCCGGUUGCCGAGACAGGGAAAACAAUUCAAGUCAAUAUUGCAGUCCCUCUACAAUGUUCCGAUCCAGCAAAUAUGGAUCAACCACCGCCAUUAGGCUAUUCACUUCGGCAGCCAGAUUGGAUGUCCAAGGCAGAGAUUCGUCAGAUAGCAACGUCCAUCCCUCAAGGGGAUGUCAUGGAGGCAUUCGAAUAUAUUCAAGCAGAAGCUACUUGUUUCCUCGAAAACAAAGAGUGCCACGACGCGGACUCGGAAAAGACACGCUCGGGGCUGGGACCUCGAGAACCCAUGGUGCGAGUGUGGUUCUACUUCCCAUCUCUCUCCACGCGCAGAAAGAGAGACGAUAUGGUCAAUCUGGCGCCGGGAUACGGCCUCACCGGAUUUGUUUUAGCCGGUAAGCCCGGAGUCUUGUGUCUCGAGGGUGCCUCCCCCGACAUUGAUGCCUACAUGAGUUUCAUCAAAACCCAUUCGUGGGGGGAUAUCCCCAGUCAUCAAAAAAAGGUUAGUGAACGGUUUCGGGAGACCAACGGGGUGCACCGCGUCUUCCUGGGGAUGGAAGAGAUCACAGACUCGCUCGGGGAGCGUGGGGGACAGCGAGCCAACCGGGGCGAUAUGCAGGCUCUGGAGGCAUGGCUGGAAGCGAAAGGACUACAAGAGGCCUUUGAGAAGGUCAUAUUUUAG